GGACGGACUAUACAUGGGUUAGUGUAAAUGUUCUUGCGCAGGCUGAAGCUGCACGGUCAUCCGCCCUGUGAGAAAUGAAACAUAGACCGGCCAAAAUACAUCGUACUGCGCGUCAUGGCCACUUUACUGGAACGCUUGGUUUUCCUACAGAAAGUGCCCACGCUCAUGCGGGCAACAGCAGAUGACGAAUCGCCAUGUCCAGGUUAUCUCUUUGAGGAGAUCAGCAGUAUCCUUUCUAAAGCUUCACAGAAUUGUCUAUAUAGGACAGAAAAAUGAACUUGUGGAUUUUGACUCUCAUAAAACCUCAGAUAUUUCCCACGAGUCUGUGGGCUGCUGCCAGUGUCUUUUGGAGUAUCUCUUGGAAAGACUGCAGGUGGAGUCCUGCCACGUCAAACUCAAGGUCCUGAAGAUUCUCUUACAUUUAUGUAGCCACGGACCACCUCACUUCCUCACAGAGCUGCGACGAAAUGCUACAUUUAUACAGGAAGUGAUCGUGUACAGCGGCCCUCCGGACCCUAUCCACGGCAAUGCCCCAUUUCAGAAAGUCAGAAGCGGCGCUCAGGAAUUGGCCAGUCUGCUCUUUAAUGAUACCAUGUCUUCAGAUUCUGGAGUUACCUCAUGCAAAACAGUCAAAACAUCCAUGGGAAUGGGCUCUGAGUCGCUCAGAUCUGGCAUGCAGGGGUUUGGAAACAGCCCAGGAAAGACAGAGUCCAAUGGAACGACUUUAUUGGACAAAAUACAGAGAGCUGCAGAAGCGGUUGCCAGCGCUGUCCUUCCUCCAGCAGAGCAUCCCGGAAUCCGUCUCCACGACAACCACUACCACGCCGUGGUGGCUCCAUCCGCUGCCGUGGAGAUGGCCGUGCCAGCGUGUGCCUACAACAUCCGAUCCCACGACCAUAGAGCAUCUCACAGGUGUCCAGGGCAGGCCGGUGGAGGCUGGGAAGAGACGGACAGCGGCCACAGCUCCUCCCAAAACUCCUCCCAGGAAAUUAUGCCGGUCGGCCAGACCUCAGUAAGCAGGAGUAGUAAGUCAGGUGGCUCGGGCAGCCACUCGGGGGCGAGCCGGGAAAGCGGUGAUCUAUCAGAGCGUGUGGAGGCCAUGCAGCUUGGGGACUGUGGUCAGGAGAUGGCACUUAUCAACAGUCUGACCAGCGGUUCCAAAGUCUUCUUAUCCAGAGAGGAGAGCCAACACUUUAUCAAAGAAUGUUCCACUCUUAACUGUGAGGUGGUUGUUGAACUUCUCUCUCGCAAACUCCAGGACCACGCACAAACUGUCCAAAUGAGAGCGCUAUGUGCUCUGGUUUGUCUGAUGUCAUCAGACUUCCUCUCCCUAGACCACAUUUUCAAUAUCACACACAAACGCCUUGCACAGCUUAGUGAAGGACCAGCAGGCCCUGUUGCCAACAAAGCCACCAAGCUCCUAAGGCAGUUUGAAGCCUUGCUCGGCUGUGUCACACAUCCCAGAUGUCCAGCCUCUUCCACCUCUUCACUUUCAGAGCAGCCCUCCAAAUCCUUCACCUUCCUUCUUGGACAACUAGAAGAAACAGCAACUUCAUAUGAGUCACCACCGUCUAUAGAUCUCUCAGAAGGUAACGUCACCGCACCCGAGAUCAAAAGAGUACAAGAAGAGGAGAGAAACCGCUCCAAGCUCUUAGAAGCUUCCAGACAAUCACUGUUCAGUGGGAUGGAGCUGGUGAACAGAAGCAAACCUGUGUGUUUGGUUGAGCCUGUUCCUGUCGAGACAGAUGUCCAGACAGGUGCGACUGAGAAAAGAUGUGAGAGAACUAAAGAGUCACCUGCGUCUAGUGGACCUGAACAAUGCAAAGAGCAAACGUCAGCCUUCUCCUUUCUCAAUCUCUGAUGCUAACUUUAUUGUUUAUACAUAAGUGUUCUGAUGUAGGGUGAAAUACUUAAUCCUUUAAUCUAAAAAAGCAUUUCUUACCUGUAGCUACUGUUCUUGACCAUGUAAUAUAAUAUAGAAAUGAAGUCAUAUUUCAGUUAAAUAUAGAUAUGUCUCUGUGUUAAAGGGAUAGUUCAUUCAAAAUUAGAAAUUCCUCAAGUUGUUACAAACUGGAUAAAUUUCUUUGUUUUGCUGAACACUAAGGAAGAUAUUCGUAAUCAAGCACCAUUGACUUUCAUAGUAGGAAAUACAUACUGGUGGUCAGAAAUGGUUUCAUUAUAAACAUUGCUUAAAAUAUCUUCCUUUGUGUUCAGCAGAACAAAGUAAGUAAUACAGGUUUGUAAUUUGAGGGUGAGUAAAUAAUGACAGAAUUUCCAUCCUAUACCUUUAACUUGUGCAAUAACCUAAAUAUAAGCAUUCUUUAUUGGAAAAUGAUCUAUUUUAAUAUAUAGAAAACUAAAUCAUUUUUAAUUGUGGUGUCUUUAAAGGUGCAGUGUGUAAUUUUUAGAAGGAUCUUUUCACCGAAAUGCAAAAUAAUAUAUAAAACUAUAUUAUCAGGGGUGUAUAAAGACCUUUCAUAAUGAACCGUUAUGUGUUUAUUCCCUUAGAAUGAGACAUUUUUAUCUAUAUACACAGAGGGUCCCCUUACAUGAAGGUCGCCAUUUUGUGCCGCCAUAUUUCUACAGAAGCCCUUAACGGACAAACUUUUUUACUAAGUUUUCUCAGACGAUGACAUGUUUGUCCAGUGGUGGUUACAAUAGUUUCUCUAUGUGUUUCAAAAGCGAGGGUUGAGCAGUGGACCACACCGUUGGUUGCAAUUCACAACCUCACCACUAGAUGCCGCUAAAAUUUACACACUGCACCUUUAAGAGAUGAAGUGUGUCACUUUUUAUUAUUUAACAGCUUGCAGAGACAAAAAAAUUUUGUGGAUUGAUUUGUGACCCUGCCUAUGAAACCCAUCUUAAGUCUUUUUUUUGUGAUUUACUGAUUUCUACAUAAACUCAUCCUACAGGUAAAGAACAUUCUGUGAAAAAUAACCUUGAUAUCUUUAAUAUUGACUGUGUAAUUAAAAUCAAACUUUGAUGCUCUUAAUCUCAUUAGAUUGAGACUGAAUUUCAUAGUCAGUGUCACAUAAUUGAACACAAUGAGCGGUUUCCCGGACAGGGCUUAUCCUAGUCCCAGACUAAAAUGCGUGUUUGACCCGCUUAAAAUUAAAAACGCCUUUAAUUUUAACAUAUUUUGUUGACAUUGUUGUGUUUUAAGAUGCACACCUGUAGUGUUUUUUAGUAAGGUAUGUUUGUAAAAACUUCUUAAAUGACCUAGUAUUAAUAAGGCCUAGUUCUGGAUUAUCCUAAACCCUGUCUAGGAAACCGCCACAGUGAGUCUUAUAAAUGUUGCUAUUUGUUGCGAUUUAACACAGGUUUUAUGAACUUUAUGAUGGGAGGAACCUCCACAUAAGAUGGACCUUUAGCAGGAGACCCCUUUUAUAAAAUAUAUAUCCAUAUUUUGUAUAAAAAAUAACAUUUAACCCUAAUAAGACCCUUGGGGUCAAUCUAACCCCCAAGCUAAUUUUUUUUUUAGUUUAAAAACAUGGUUCCCUUCAUCUCAGUGGAAUAAGAUUUUGUGACUUUUACAGAUCAUCUGUCAAGAUUCAUAUAAAAACACUGGGCUUGAUUCGGUCGUUCUUAAGAGGCGUUAAAAAUGUUACUUAAAUAGUCCCUUUGGGGGUAAAAAGGACCCCAUUUGAAAAUAAAUGGGAAAUGCAAAAUCUUUUUUUUUGUCAAAAUUUUUUUUCCCAAAUCACAGCAUUAAUGUAUAGAUGGUAAGUAAAAAAAAUAUUUUAUUUGAAUACUUAAAAAUGUAUUUAUUUUUUGUAAUCACUCUUUUAAUCUCUGGGGUCAUUUUAACCCCCGCGUAACUAUGACGUUAAGGAAAAUCAGGUCUUAUUAGGGGUUAAACUGUGUUAGACAAAUAGUAAUUGUUAUAAAAAGACAUUGUUUACAAGCUUAAAUAAUUAGCUACAAAGUACAUUUUUUGCUUUGUCCUUGGACCCCAGUUUGAAAACCCCUGAUCUAACCAAGCCCAUAUAGCAACAUUGGCUCACAUGCUGUAUGUUUAUCUGACCAGUGACAAAUAAGAAAAUGUUCAUGAAAAAGUGUUUAAAAUGUAUUAUUUUACUGUAGCUAUUUUUGCGACUUACAUUACACACUUAAAGGGAACACAUCAUGAAAAUCUGACUUUUUCCAUGUUUAAGUGCCAUAAUUGGGUCACCAGUGCUUCUAUCAACCUAGAAAAUGUAAAAAAAUAACAACCCAGUAACUUAAUUUUGGUCAACCAUUCUAUGCAAGCAUGUGAAAAAACUUUUCUCCCCUUGUGAUGUCAGAAGGGGAUAAUACCGCCCCUUAAUCUGCACUAUCCAACCAUAGCACUGCCAUUCAGUGCAGAGAUCAGCUCAUUUGCUUUUAAAAUAACACCCAAAAAUGGCACAUUAUUGCUCACACCUACAAAGUGGCAAUUUUAAUAUGUUAUAAUAAAUUAUCUAUAUGGUAUUUUGAGCUAGAACUUCAUGUAUGUACUCUGGGGACACCAAAGAUUUAUUUGACAUCUUAAAAAAGUCUUGUGAAAUGUCCUCUUUAAGUGUUCCCACAAUGGUUGAUCUGAAAUUUGCACCACAAUCUUUCUUUAUUUUAAAUCACUUACAGUAUGUCUUUCAGUCUUUAUUUUACAAGUACAAACAUUAACACCCACAAAGUAUAGCUUGAUGAAAAAACCUUUAAUGUCUAACGUAUGUGCAGAUGUGUAUAAAAGCAAAAGUAUUUGUGACUGUGAAAGAAAAGUAUUUAAUUCUGAUAAAUGGGUACCAAACUUCUCACAACAAAAGCCUUAAUAAACAAUUGUCUUAUUACGCUCAUGCACACAUAAUAAAACAUUCACAUAUAGACACAUA